UGCUUUAUCAUCCUUCACAACUUUAACAGAUAGCACUUGCUGUUUUAAUGCUUUCUUUCUCUUGCCGUUGUUUACUUAGGUUUAUACCUUUGCGUGUCGUUAAAGGAGAUUUAAAACAUUGGCAAAAACGUUUACAGGUUUUCAUGGAGUAAACGACAGUCAUAUAGUUUCUUGUCAAAUGUGUAAAUAACACACAAAUGUAUAUUCAAACCGAUUAAAUACCAUUUUAAGUUUGAACAUUACUCAAAAACCAUCAUUGUAGAAGAUAGUGACAGAGAUAGUAUUUUAGUAUUGAGAGUCAUGUUAAUAAAUUCAAAUGAAUAAUAUAUACAGUAAAAUUACUUCAGCAGAAGGUUGAUAUGUGAUUAGAAACUACAAAUGGUAUUAAGACGCAUGUUUCUCACUCUUUCUGAUCAUGUUAUUUUAACCAGAUAUAAUGUAAUGCGAUAUUGACAGCUUACACCCGUCAAACUUUUGACAAGUAACUUUCACAAUAAGGUUAUGUUUGAUAUCAUAUGAAUAAAAUGACUUGAUGAGCAAUAUCAUUUCUCAGCCUUUCUUAAUCUCUGUUAGUUAAUGUGAGUACAGUUGUUUCUAUCAGAUCAUUGUGCAUUGAGUAGUGUUAACAGAGCCGACUUUUGAUUUUUAACUGAAAUGUUUUGGUGACUGCUGGGAUGAUGUAAGAGUGAUUUUCAUUGGGCUUGAGGUUGUGAUGAUCGUUGCUCUGUUGUGAUGGGUCAAGUGUUGUUUAAAGAGUGCUUCUUGCGUUUGUGAGUCUUCAUUUUGAGCACAUUUUUAGCUGCUGUAGUGAAUAUCAUCAGGGCUGUGAUGAGAUGAGACGUUCAACAUGUGAUGUAUUAUAAUUGAAUGUGAAAUAUGCCACUAAAAAAGGAGUUUCAGGGCAAGCACGUAAGAUUCCAGUUAACUCAUCCUCUGACGUUAACUCAUCCGCUGUGUUCUGGGUCUCUUUAAGAUGAAGCUUUAAUGGAAAAGUUGGUGUGAUGUCCACGGGUGUUUCCUAACCGGACGUGAGUUAAACUAACAGUCAGGGGUUUCCUGGUGUAAGAUCUGGAGGGAGAGUCAUCUCUCGUUUAUUUCUGUCUGUCUUUGUUCACGACACUGUAUUUCGGUGUUCUGAAGUAAAGCAGGUUUUACUUGUAUGCAAUAUGAAUGUGAAAUAUAUUUGUCGUGCCAGCACAGAACACUGAAAGAAUUCUGAAAUGAAAUGACAAGAGAAGGAGAGGAUUGUGUGUCUGUAGGAAUGUAUCAACCCCUCCUUGAGGUUUUUUACAGGAAGGGUGAAGUGUUAUCAUCUCGCUGUGUUUUUCUAGGGCUGCUUCAGCCUCCCAAUGCCCAGAAAAACACAUUCCUGUUAGAAUAACAUCUAUCAUGUGAUUUCUGCCCGCCGUCAACACCUGAGAUGUUUUAUACGGACAUUAAGCAGACAUCAUUAUUGCUCUUAGUAAUGGAGAUGAACGGUGCUCUUGUGAGUGUUUAGCAGAUGAGGAAGAAUGGGAAUGGCUGUUCAUAUUUCAUGUUUUGCUGAAACGUUCUGAUUAUUUGGAGACACAGAGGAGGAAUCAUGUAUAGAUGUUGGAUGACCUCAUUUCUCUUACUGUCUGCCACUUCUCAGUUUGUGGCGGUCUUCUCAGAGAAUAACACUGGAGGUAUGGCACAAAAGAACGCUCACGAGAUGGAUUCCACACGUCACAAUAUCUUGACUGCUCAGUUUGAAUGUUACCAGAAGAUCAUGAAAGACACCAAUCACAAUAAAACAGAUGGUUCAGGGUGUAAGCGCACAUGGGACGGAUGGCUGUGUUGGGAUGAUUUAGACGCAGGGUUCACGUCAGCUCAGCACUGUCCUGAUUAUUAUGAUAACUUUGACACGUCAGAAAUGGCCACAAAGAUUUGCACCGAGUCGGGUCAUUGGUUCGUUCAUCCACAGAGUAACAGAACGUGGACAAAUUACACAGAAUGUACAAACGUGUCCCAUGAUCACAAGAGGACAGCUUUGAAUCUCUUUUAUUUGGCUUUGAUCGGUCAUGGAUUGUCACUCAUAUCUUUGUUUGUUUCUCUGGGGAUAUUCUUCUACUAUAAGAAUUUAAGUUGUCAGAGGAUAACUCUACAUAAGAAUCUCUUCUUCUCUUUUGUGUUGAACUCCGUGAUCACGAUCGUCUUUUUCACAUGUGUCGCCAACUAGCAAGAAGUAACACAAGCCAAUCCAGUGAGCUGUAAGGUGUCUGUGUUCAUUCAUCAUUAUCUGAUGGGAUGUAAUUAUUUCUGGAUGUUAUGUGAGGGGAUUUAUCUGCACACACUCAUUGUCGUGGCUGUCUUCGCUGAGAAACAACACCUCAUGUGGUAUUAUCUGUUAGGAUGGGGCUUCCCGUUGAUACCUGCGUUCAUUCAUGCAGUAGCCAGGAGUUAUUAUUACAAUGACAACUGUUGGAUCAGCUCAAACACGUCUCUGCUUUACAUUAUCCACGGGCCCAUCUGUGCGGCACUGUUGGUGAAUCUCUUCUUUCUCUUGAACAUUGUGAGAGUGUUGAUCACUAAACUGAAGGUGACGCAUCAGGCAGAAUCCAGUCUGUACAUGAGAGCCGUGAGAGCCACUCUCAUCCUCGUCCCUCUGCUGGGCAUUCAGUAUUUACUGCUGCCGUACAAACCCGACGGACGCCUCGCCUCCGAGAUAUUCAUGCCCACAAUGAUCAUACUCAUGCAUUACCAGGGCCUCUUGGUCGCCACCAUAUUUUGCUUUUUCAAUAGUGAGGUUCAGGGUGUGUUAAGGCGGCACUGGAACCAGUACAGAAUCCAGUUCGCCAACACGGAGGCCUUGCGUUCCGCAUCUUACGCCGCAUCCUCCAUGACAGAAGUACAUCGAUGUUACAGCAUCGACAGUCACAUGGACACGCUGAACGGCAAGAGUUUUCACAGUCUGGAGACCACCAUCCUCAGAUCAGACAGCCUGUACAUGUGAGACGUUCAGAUGAGAGGGAUGAAGAGAACUACUUACUGACAUCAGAACUACUGUAACGUCUCCUCUUUAUGGAUGGGAUUAACAGUUUGUGCCUUUGUUUUGGAGACAACGCGCUUUGAUGUGGAAUAUUAAAGUUAUGUGAGCAUUUUCCACAGCGGAGCGUCGUGGAGUCGGAACUGACCUGUAGUGGACGCUCUGUGUGUAAAUCAAGGAGUACAGAUGUAGUGUGAGGAUUUCUUCUUUCUUCUUCAUGGCUCUGUAUCCGGGCGCUGGCUGAAGGUUUGUGGUUUGAAGAGAGACGGAUAAAGACACCCCGGCAAACUCAAAAACUGUGGAUUGCACCGUUCACGAUCUGUUUUCAAACAAUGGAAGACAGAAGAUAUUGAUGACAUUCUCCUGCAUGGCAUUAAACUUCUUGUUAUUUGUUAUCGGUCGUCUGAUUUAAGGAUGCACAUUUUCAUUUUGUUCCUGACAAGUUUUUGAUCAGUUAUCAGUUAAAGGAAGAACUCCACUAAAAAUCUAAAUUCUGUACUCGUUUUUUACACGGAAGACCAAAGAAGAUAUUUUGAGAAAUGUCUCGGUGGUUUUGUGUUCAUACAAUGGAAGUCAACGGAGUUCAGUGCUGUUUGAUUAUCAACAUUCUUCAAAAUAUCUUCCUUAGUGUUCUGAAGAAGAUAGAAAUGUGGGUGAGUAAAUGAUGACAGAAUUCUCAUUCAUGUCUGACUCUGUUACUUUAUUCUCGUUUCUCUGGUGUUCAUGAAUGUUGGUGUAGUUGGAAACAGGUUUAGUUUCAUUCAACAGUGUCUCUAUGUCUGGAACAUACAGAUGCCUUUGUCACUUUUUCACGUUUUCUACAUUUUUAAGUGCACGUGCUGGAUAAAUACACAUUCAUAUUUUAAGAUGUAAAUAUAUAGAUACAUCUCAGUGUGUAAGGAGUGUUUGUGUUAUUGUAUAUAUAAAUAUAUUUAUAAACGUGUGUAUUCUGUAUUCUGUGUCUUUAUAUUUGUCAUAAGCUGUUAUGAUGAUGAUGAUGAUGAUGAUGUCAAAACCGGUGUAGAUGUACCACAAUUCAAUUCUGUCAGAACUCUUUGUUUAUUGUAUUGUUUAGUUUGUGUCACUGUAGGUGUGAGCUGGAGGAUUCGUAAGCACUUGAAAACAAAUAUAGAUUUUAAACAUCUCCCAAAGUUGUGUUUCUCUCAGUUGUUACAGCUGUGACACAGAAGUUUAAGAAUAAUCUGUAUUAUUUGUUGAUGUAGAGUACAUGUGACUACAUAUAACUGAAGAUAUAAAACUUGAAAUGAUUCCUUCAGACUAAUAUUUGACAAUUCACCGUAUUGUGUUGAAAGGAUCUGAUUGGUUGAUUGAAAGGAGUGGAUGUGAGGAUGAGGAUGUUUUUAAAUAUAAAGACAGGAUCAGCUGACAUGUGUCUCUGUCUAUGACAUCAGCGCAGGAAGAAACACGACAGCAUGAUGUGUGCACAUGUUGUUCAUCAAAUGAAUGAUGAUAUAUUGCAGUCGGUCAAAUUCCAAAUGUAGGACAGGCCCUCACACCUCAUCAGACCCUAAACAUAUAGCACAAGAACCAUGACCAGCGAAUGAUCUUCUUUAGAAUCACAGCUGGAAAACUUCUGUUCGCAUGUGUGGGUUCUGAUACAAAACUACGUGCAGAUAUGACUGAUCUGAGACUCUCUCUUCAUGGACGGACUCAUACAAAUGUCUUCUGGAAACAUCUUGGAUUUAUAAAAUCUAUACAUAAAAUGGCAAAUAAUAAUAAUAAUACAUAUGUAUGGAAAAACAAUAUCAAGAAAGAUUUCUAAAGCCGAGAAGCAGUCAUCAUUAUGAUGUCAUCAUCAAACCACCUUCUGCUGAGAAACGGGCAGUGUUUGCAUUGACAGUUCGUUCAACUUUAAUGAUUUUCCUUUCUCUUAUUGUAUUAUGGGAACUGUCCAGCAUUCAUGGAAGUCUUCAGUUCUGUGAGAAACACUCAUGAGCUCGACACCAAACACCACAGACGUCCAAAUGAAAACGUCUUGACAUGGACAAUAAAGAAAGGUCAUUUAAUAGCACAUCCUUUAGAGAAAACCCGUCUGGUCGCUGAAACUCUUGGUUUCUUUAUUUACUGUGUGUUUAGUUGAUGCUGAUGUCAUUUUUGUUCAUCCAGUCUCUUUGAAAGGGUUUAUCACUAUUGCAAUGUUCUCAUUCUGAAUCCCGUCCAAACAUCAUGAUCCAAAUACUAGAAAAUUCCAUUAAAAUUAAAACUACAAACAAUGAUUGUCAUAACAAAUCAGCAGAGUCUCUGGGUGGGUCACAAAAUAACAUGGGCUUUAAAAUUGAGAAAAGAACUUUCACAGCAUUUCACUGAAAUUUAACACCGGUAUUUUUAUGUGUAUACAUUAUAUAGAUAUCAAAGUGAUAGUUCACCCAAAAAUGAAAAUUCUUAUUUAACCUCAAGUUGUUCCAAACCUGAAUGAAUGUCUAUGUUCCGUUGAACACAGAGAAAGAUAUUUGGAAGAAUGUUUCUGGGACAUCUUUGACUACCAUAGUAGAAAAAAUGAAAAUGGUAGUCAAAGGUUGCUUCCCUAAAUUCUUCAAAAUAUCUCGUUUUGUGGUCAACAGAACAAAAAAAAAUCAAAUUAUUGUUCCUACUAUGGUAGUCAAUGCUGUCCCAGAAAUCUCAGUUGCUGACUUUCCUCUAAUGCCUGGAUUUCAUUCCUAUAGACAAUACAGGUACAGAAGUCAUUCUAGGUGCAGAUGUCCCAGAAUCCUCUCUACGGCCUCGAUCUGAAGCAUCAGAAAUCAAUCAGACACCGGUAACACAAGCCAAAAAGCACUGGGGCCGUGAUCUUCCUCUGAUUGUGUGCUUUUACUGGCAGACGCUGAUGUUUUCAAAGAACACUCAUUAGUAAGAACUCAUUGUUCACGUAAGAGGAUCUUUGAAGUGCUGGACUUUCCUGCUGUAUUCACAGUAUUGAUGAACUGAUUCAUUUGUGGUCGGUCUGCUAAAGCUUCGAACAUUUCCCAUGAACCCUUGCUGCAGGGAUCACAGCAAUCCUGCUGCUUUCAUCUUUUAUAAGCUUCCUGAUGUUAAACAGCUGUAGAGCAAAUCUUUCACCCAGUUUUAUAGACUCCAUUUAUAGAAUUGUUUAUAAAAAGGCAAAUACCUGAAGGUGAAAU